GCAGCGGAAGCUGCCACGCGGCCACCUUCGAUCGCGGUGUGCGGCUUCGGCGAGGGCAGCGGCGGCUCGGCGCAGCUGGUGGCCUCGCUGCUCACCGCGUCAGGCGCGGAGCCCCUGUUCGUGGACCUGGAGCGGGCGGAAGGCGCGGCGUCGGCGCUGGAGGGCUGCGAGGUGCUGGUGCUGUGCCCAGACAGCGCGGACAGCAGCUCGAAGCAGCUCCAGAGGGCGAACGAGUUGCUCGAGACCCUCAGCGUCAGCCUGCCGAAGUCGGUCGAGAAGGAGCGCCCCCCCCCAACACACAGCAAGGGGAGCACAGAGUAUCGAAAUCCGUCCCCGCGCGCAUUGGCAAGGACAUCGAGCGGACUGUCGAGCGCAUGGGCCAGUAUCGGUCCCUGCAGCUGCCGCUGCGCAUCCUCUACGUGCGCGCAGGCCAGAUGCCUGCGGGAGGCGCCCCGCGGCAGGUGGUGAAGUGCACGCUUCAGGAGCCGGAGGGCGUGCCGGAGGGCAGCACUUGCACGACCACCAGCCCAGAGGGGGUGGCGAACUCGGUGUUGGUGGCGCUGAAGCUCGGCGUGGACGCCAGCUUCUUCAUCAGGGAGGAGGAGGCGCCGCCGUCGGGGGCGCAGGAGUGCGACUGGAAGGAGAUGAUGCUGCCGCUCAUCGGGCCCGAGCUCUUUCGCGCCCCCGUGGGCGACGCGAAGAGUUGCGUCAAGUUCAUACAUGACUUCGCGAAGGCGCAGGAGGGCAUGAAGGUAGCUACGACUCCCAGCGGGGCCAUCUGCAAGUUCAGGCUGUUCGGGAAGGACACGGACACGCCCUUCGAUAAGCUCGACCAGGGCGGGCUUGAGUUCAGGGUGGAAGAUGACCCCAACGGUGGCUAUCGGCUCCGGGCCAUACGGUGCGCCAAGUCGAAGAGGGGCGGCUACACCAACGACGGCGGGCUGCUGAAGAAGUUCAAAGAUGCGUUUGAGCUGGCAAAGAUGAGCCCAGCAGAACAGAAGAAGUGGAAGGAGAGGAACGAGUUUCUGUUCUAG